AUGGCUCAGCACGUAGGACCAUGGUUGCUCGUGGGUAUGGCCGUGAUGGUCGUCGCAAUGUCUUCGGCCCGGGAGGUCCCAAGUUUGACAGGAGAUUUGGAAGUAGCUGGCUCUGAUCAUCAUGGUCAUCAUCAUGGUCAUCAUGAUGGUGGUCAUCACCAUGGUCAUCACGAUGGUGGUCAUCACCAUGGUCAUCACGAUGGUGGUCAUCACCAUGGUCAUCAUCAUGAGGAGGGUGGAGGUCACGAGCAUCAUUCUCAUCACCAUGAAGAACACGGUGAAAAGGGUGAUAAGGGUCACAAAGGUCACCAUCACCAUGAGAAGGGUGAACACGGCCACCACGGCAAGGAGCAUCACGAAGGUCAUCAUCAUGAGCAUGGCGGGCACAAGAAGGGUCAUCAUGAUGAGCACGAUGAGCACGGCAGCCAUCAUGAACACGAACACGGCCAUAAGGAGUCUAAGUUCGGCCACGGCAAGGGCCAUAAGAAGGGCGAGAAAACCCACGGUUAUCAUCACAAAGCCCACAAGGAUGAAUACCACAAGGAGCAUAAGUUCUAUGAUGAUUAUCACAAAGGUGGUCAUCACGAGAAACACGGCGACCAUCACGAACAUCAUCAUGGUAAAGAAGGCCAUCACAAGAAGGGUGGACAUCAUCAUUCCGGUCACCAUGAGGAACAUCACGGUAAGAAGGGCCAUCACGACAAAGGACAUUACGAUGAGGAUCACCACGGCCAUCACCGCAAACACGGUCACGAGGAACAUCAUCAUCAUCACGAAGAUUAUGGCAAGAAGCACGAGCACCAUGGCGGCAAGAAGCACGGAUUUUCGAGCGGUCAUGGCGGUCAUGGCGGUCAUGGCGGUCAUGGCGGUCAUCAUGGGCAUGGUGGUCAUCAUGGUCAUGAUGGUCAUCAUGGUCAUCAUGGUCAUCAUGGUCAUGAUGGUCAUCAUGGUCAUGAUGGUCAUCAUGGUCACCAUGGCCAUCACCAUCAUCAUUAA